AGUUAAAUGUGCUGCUGCAUGAACUGUCACUCUGCAUGUUGAUUAGCUGAUUGUUAUGAUUCUUUGAGUGCGUUAAUACUUGAACGACAGCCUUUUAAAUAUGAAUAGACUAUGAAAAGGUACAGAACUUGCAUUUACAACUCAUGUAUAUUCUCUAAGACCAUCCCCUUCCUUCUCUGCAUGCAUGACAGCAGGUAAUAACAUGAACUAACGCAACUAGUAUUUCCUGUUGGCAUGAUUAUAUCAAAUGCUGUACUCAACUUUUAGUCUCGCAUUACAAUUAUAUAGUUCUCUCUAAGCUGUAACAAACAAAGCAGUAUAAAAGAGUGACACACUAUGGCCAUCAUGACUGUUCACUGUGCAGUAAUCCUUGGAAUGCUACUGUUGUUAAUCAUUUCCACUACUGGCACUGCUCAACAAGAGUGCUUCAAUGGGCAAGUUCGUAAACUUCAUUCCAAUCUCCUUGAGUAUUGUUACAAUGGAGAAUGGAGAUUGGUCUAUUACUCAGAGAGUCAGUGGAGUAGUCGGGAAAUGACAAAGCCUGUGUGUGCACAACUGGGUUACCACGAUUUUCCCGGAAUGGUGGAACGGUUACGUCAGAGUGGUGCAGGAAGAUUUGUCACUCUGAGUGAAUGCAACGAACCAGGACUAACAGGAUGCAUAGUGAUGCCCAGUGACGACAACUGUACUGAGUGCUCUCUUGUGUUUCUACUGUGUAUCGCAGCUAACUGUGCUGAUGGAGUUCUACGACUGGUGGGUGGCAGAGACACUGACAGAAAGGGACGAGUGGAGGUGUGUGUUAACAAUCGAUGGAGGACAGUUUGUACUGGCAGUCAAGAACUGGCAGGAGCCGUUUGUUCACAAAUGGGAUUCAUCUUUGAAGGAGGCACUGUGGCAUCACCCAACUCAUUUCCUCCUGGAGCAUUUCCAGAGUACAGACUAAUUUGUACACAACUAAGCAAUAGAACAUGGCACUGUAGUCCAGUUGAUCAACAAUGUGACAGCUUUGUGGAGUUUGAAGUUGUUUGUAAAAACUAUGAAGAUCUAUACAACGAAUGUUCAACGAACUGUACACUGCCAAGAUUGUCAGUAACUACUUCACAAUCACCUACCACCCAGCAAGUUACUACUCAAACGGGAGCUAAUUCAACUGUGACAGUAACCGACCUCAUUGCUGUCAUUGGUGUACUGGUGUCUCUGUUACUAGCUGUAUCAGUUGGUUGGAUAGUGUCCUGUGUUAUUCUACUCAGGAGAGGACAGACUGUGCACAAACAACACAGUGCUGAUGCAGGUACUAUCUCAACAAGGAGCAAUCAGAGCUACACACAACAGAACAUCAACACACAGCUCUACGCUGAGGCCACCCCUCCUGAUACAACCUACAGUAGACUGAACAGAGAUGAUAAAAAGAUGGAGGAAAUUGCUACCUAUGAUUACGCUGAUCCCAACCAGAUAAGAGUAGAGCGUUCCCAAACAACCAACCCACCACCAGUGAGUGGUGAAGCUAUCGUGAGAGAAGAGGAGUUCUACAUUGCUGAGGAUCACACGUACGCAGCUGUCAAUAAGAAAGCUAAGAAGAAAAAGAAACCAAAGAAUGAUGAAUUUGAUGUUGAAGGAGAGAUUGAAGCCCCGCCUCCUUUUGUUAGCACCCUGGUUGAAGUGUAGGGUGGGGAUGACGGAACACUGUGAACUGAGAGUGAGUCAGACAUUGAACUUUACUGACUGAAAUUAACUGUAAACAUUCAUAAUUAUAGUAGCUUUAGUAUAAUCAUU